CGUGGCAAGUUAUUCACAGUAACUACUACUUCUUGUCUCAAAAACUUUAUUUGAGUCACGAAUUUCUCAUCUGUCUGUUUGAGCAACGUUUCAUAACAAAAGAUGACUAUGAAUAUCUCAACAGCAGCUUUGUCACUCGCAGAGAGAAAGUCGAUCGUCUCCUUAUGGACAUUCUUUCCUGUAAACCACCUGAUAUGUUUUAUGCUUUCUGUGACAUCCUUCGUGUUGUGGGUCAAUCACAUGUCGCUGAAAAGUUAGAAGAAAAUCCUGGGAGAGUUGAGCUUGUCUCACCAGGAAUGAAGAGGUCACAAGAAAGUGUUAGUCUUCAAAGGCAAGUGGAGCUGCUGCUUGUUCGAGUGUCUCAACUGGAAAAGGAAAGAAGAGCAGCCGUCACACAUGGAGAGGAAAUGGCAAAACAUGAGAGACGACGAGCUGAGGCUGCAGAAACACGAGCUUGUAAUGAGAAAACUCGAGCUGAUGCUGAAAAGAUACGAGCAGAUAGUGCAGAAACACGAGCAGACAGUGCAGAGGUACGAGUGAAGGAAGUGGAGACAGAAAAGAUGGGAAUUGAAUGGACAAAUUUAUCAUUUCGAUGUUAUCAUCAACAUUCAGAUAAUUACAAGCAGAUCAAUGACAGUCUGCCAUCAUGGACACAGUGGAAUGUACGCAUACCUCAUGGCAAUUUUCCAUAUAAUAUAAUGGGAGAGAUUGAAGGCAGACUAGUGGUAGGGGAUUAUUAUAAUGGUAAUCUACAUGUUCUCACUUAUGAACAUGAUAAGUGGGACAAGUGUGUCAGAAAGAAUGGUUACAUCAGGAAUGUAGUGUGUCAUCAAGGUGUGUGUCUGAUGUGUGUAAAGGAUGGAGAUAAAGAUCAGUUUGUGAUUGAACAAUUUUAUUUGAAUGAAGACAAGAAAUGGCGUUUCCUCACAGUUCUACCAAACGAACUGCAGUUGAAUGGUGUAUCUGUUGCUCUUCAUGACAACUCACUGUAUGUGGUGGGUGGUUGGACUAAGUCAGGGGAGAGAGUGAACACAGCACGUGUGUGUGACCUCCACAGUGGUCAUUGGUAUAAGAUGGAUGACAUGCAAACAAAACGUAGUGACUGUUCUUCUGUUAUUAUAAACAACAAAGUGUUUGUAGGGGGAGGAAUGACUGAUGGAUAUUACUGUAGUAAUAUUGUUGAGUGUGCAGAUGUUCGUGAUAGAAAAUGGAGAACAAUCCCCUCUACAACCACAUAUAGACCUACACUAACGUCAGUCAGCAACAGAUUGGUGGGGACUGGAGGAUUGACACAACAGAGGUUUUAUUCUCCUUCUAAUAUUGUAGAAUUAUAUGAUGAGAGAUCUACCAAAUGGCUUCCUCUUCCACUCAUGACACACAAACGGUGGAGACAUGCUGCAUUCUCAACUCAGAAUGGAGAACUCAUCACAGCAGGAGGUGAUGGUGGUGAAGAUUCAAUAGAAAGUCUUAAGUGUGACUAAUAUUUCCAUUUUCUUUCAAUUUGUGUGUAUUUGUU